UUUUUUUCUUCAAUGUUCCAACACGAUGCCGUGGUAAUUUUAGCACGGAUGAUCCAUCCACAUAGAGUUUAGCUGCUUUAGAUACAAUAUCUUCAACAUUGAGGACAUUGCCUAUUGACCAGUCGAGAAUACUACGGUCUUCAAGAGUUGUAUGUUGCUGGCGAACCUUUCGUUGCGUGUCCAUGACGCUAUAAAAACUUUCAACAAUCGCCUCUGAACUUCCGAGAGACAUUGCUAUAUCGAAAGCGGUCAUAGAUACAAUUCCGGCCAUAGCAUACAGAGUUUCGUCAUUAUAUAACAUAGAAAUGACUUUAUCUUCUUGGACCGCAGCUUGAUAAGUUGGGUGGUUGAUAAACUCGAAUGUGAACAAAGGAUGUAAUUCAACUUCGUUGGUUGUUACUGUCCCUUUUUCCAUUUUCAUCAACUUUGCUUCUGGGUCAGCAGUCACCGCAACAGCGAUUUGUUGGUGUGUAGAAUCAACUGGCAUGAGACACGAUAACAACUUGUUCUUCAUAUCCUUUUCCCAAAUACUUACAGAUAAAUACUUACAGAUAAAUUUCGUAUUGUUUGUUCGCGCUCAACAUCAUGGUAAACGUCACAGCCGUCAUCGUCACUUGACUGAUUUUCACACACGAACGACUCGGUCGAUUGACUCGAUUCCAUUCACAUUUAGUGCUUUUUUCACAUUGCAAAUUUGAAUAUAAAACAUAGAAAACCUGCGAUUUGCAUAAAUUUUUAAAAAUUCAUGUUUUGCGAAUUUGCGGCUGCAUUCUAGGUGGUCAGCCGAAACAUUGAUCCUUCUACUUGGUGUAAGACUAAUUAUAUUUUUGCAUUUCGAAAUUUAAAAAGAAACAGUUAAUGAGUGAUAAAAAUACUUAAAUAUUUACUAAAAAUACUAACAUUUUUAGUUUCUACAAUAUUCAGUAAUUUACUUAAUUUAAAUUUCACUAAAAUUUCACUAUUUUGUGCACCAAAUUGUUGUGGAAGUCGUUGUGCACCAAUUUUAAAUUUGGUGCACAAAUUUGAAAAUUUGUGCACCAAGUUGUGCACCAACUUGCGUUGCUGUGCACGGCACAUGUGCCAUGGCGAUCACCGACAUUCCAUACUGGAGUGGUGUAGUUCUCCCACUUUUCCAACUUUAAUAUGCUAAAUAUCAUGCAGUAAAGAUACCUUCAUUGCCGUAUAGAAGCAUACGUUAAAGUAGCUUUGCGCUUAGUUAAGGCCCUGUACCCGGAGUGAACGCCUGAGUAGGCGUCUUGUUUCAAUAUAGUUUGUAAAUCUCAGAAGCGAAGGGUAGUGUUACGAUAUGAACUUCCUGUUUAUUACUUCCGAUAUGCAAAUAUGUUAGGUCACGCGGCAAGUUCAUACAUACAAGUUACUGGCCGGACAAACAACUGCAACGCCUAAAGACCUGCAAGAAGGAGAUCGUUUCGUACACAGGAGAACACCGUAAAAUCACCGGAAGAGCCAAAUUGCCGGUGUGGUUCGGAGAUCAGCAAAGAACAUUGAACUUUAACAUUAUUCACGGAGAUUAUCAACCAGUUUUAUCAUUAGAUACAAGCAUCGCUCUUGGCGUUGUUAAUUUGACCAACUGUGACAUUUUGGCACUGACAAUAAAGCCUCCAGAAGACAACUCAUAUGUUGCAGAAGAGUAUGCCGACGUUUUUGAUGGCCUGGGCGAGAUACCAUGCCCCUCGACGUGUUCCAGUCGCAUUACGAUCUCAAAUAAAAGCCAAACUAGAUGAGUUAGUCGACCGAAAAGUCAUUGUCCCUGUCACAGAACCCACUCGUUGGGUAUCCAGUAUGUUGGCAGUCGUCAAGCCGAACAAGAUCCGUAUAUGCAUCGACCCGCGAGACCUAAAUCGUGUUAUAUGACGCGAACAUUACCAACUACCCACUGUAGAUGAAGUCACUUCAAGAUUAACGGGUGCCAAGAAAUUCACACUCUGCGAUGCUAAGGACGGAUUUCACCAAAUCAAACUUGAUACGACUUCGAGUUAUUUGACAACGUUCAACUCCCCUUUCGGACGGUACCAUUGGACUCGCAUGCCAUUCGGAAUAUCGAGUGCACCCGAAGUUGGGCAAAGGCGAAUGCAUGAGUUUGCUCAAGGUCUUAAUGGAGUUGAAGUCAUAGCAGAUGACUUCCUUAUCGCGGGAUUUGGAGAAACUGGAGAGGAGGUCGAUCGAAGCUUGGAAACGAAUGAACGGGCAUUUUUCAAGAAAUGUCGUGAGUGGAACCUCAAGCUGAAUAAAUCGAAGUUGAAGCGAUCACAGACAGAAGUCCGUUUCAUGGGACACCUCAUUACCGCUGAUGGCCUCAAAGCUGAUCCAGCAAAAGUCGAAGCGAUCUUAGACAUGCCUGCCCCAACUGACACAAAAGGCCUCAAACGAUUUCUCGGGAUGGUAAACUAUUUGGCAAAAUUUUUACCUUUAUUGUCGGACAUGACCGAACCGCUGAGAAGACUUGAAGAUAAGGAUGUAGAGUGGUGUUGGCUCGAACAACACCAGCAAGCCUAUGACACUGUCAAGAAGUCUCUAGCCAAAGCGCCGGUCCUGAGAUACUACGAUGUCAGCAAGGAAGUUACUAUUGAAUGUGAUGCUAGUGACACUGGCCUAGGUGCUGUCUUAACGCAAGACGGACAACCCGUUGUUUUUGCUUCGAGGGCACUUACAGAUACAGAAACUCGUUACGCCCAGAUUGAAAAAGAAUUACUAGCGAUUGUCUGGGCAACAAGCAAUCUAUCAGUAUAUCCUCGGCCGAGAAACCGUUACCAUAGAAUCCGAUCAUGA